UUUAAGUCGCGGAUGGCUGGCUGCUGGUCCGUGCACCCGCUGCCUCUUUUUUUGUUUUGACGAAGCUUCGGCGAAGGCUGGCUUGUGUUCUCUCCACGCUGCUCUCUCUACACGUCUCCCCCGAGGUGGCCAGCAUUGGUCUAUCUAAAUAUCUUACUUUAUUGCUGCCGUUAUUCUGCCCUAUCCGCGGUGCCGCAUCCACGGGUGCGCGACUUUUCACCAGAGCAGGGCGUGCGUUUACCAGCUUCAUGCGCCCACGCAUGUUGAAACGAUGACCUUUCAACCCCUUACUCCUCAAAGACCUCUACCAGGCUCCUAUUUUCAGACCCCAGCUCCGCCUAAUUUUAAUGGACCUCUUUUUCAGUCCUCUACCUUGUCUGGUGCCGGAGGCCAACCUGCGACUGCCGCCGCACCUCCGCCCCAGCCCCUUCGUGCAAGACUCCCCGUGAUGGCGGUCAAGAGCAGAGCGGAAACCCUGAACCCACGACAACGAGCGGCGCGGACCAUAGAUGAGGCUUUGGCGCAGGAGUCACGAUACCCAGAUCUAGACAGCUAUUUAUCCCAGGGUUUUUCUUCCGAUUAUGAUAUUCCCACGUCGGCGUCCUGGGCGCCGUUUCAAAAAGUUAAGAUGUACAAUAUACCGGACCAAAUAUUCGAUCAAUACAAUCGAGCACAGGUAGCGACAAGCAUGGGGCUUUUUGCGGAGCUGAACCAUGCGUGGGUUACGAUUGACAAUGCCCUAUAUCUCUGGGAUUACACCCAUCCAAACCCGCAGUUGGUGGGAUUUGAGAGCCAGCCAAAUAGCAUCAACGCGGUCAAGCUAGCCCACCCUCGCGCAGGUGUCUUCCUCCCGUCAAUCUCACACAUCCUUGUUCUUUCUACCACUGCGGAGAUGUUGUUAUUGGGCUUGGGAUGUGAGACGUCUGCUUCAGGAACAAAGACAGUGACACUCUAUCAAACUGGAAUGGCAACGUCGAUUCGAGGGUUGGACAUCAAUGUUAUUGCAUCAUCAAACUCUACUGGAAGGAUAUUUUUUGCGGGGUCGGCUGACAACGACGUUUAUGAGCUCAUGUAUCAACAGGAAGAGAGGUGGUUCCAGGGCCGCUGCGGGAAAGUGAACCAUACGAGCAAGAGUUUUGCUGCCUUCACCCCGUCAAUUAUUCUCAGCCAUAAACCGAUGGAGUUUGUUGAGCAAAUGGUAGUUGAUGAUAGCCGAAACCUGUUAUACACGCUUUCUUCGAACUCGACAAUCCGUGUAUUUCACCUGAAGCCCGAUGGAACUAUCAAUCUUACCAUUACAAAACAUGCUAUCGAUAUCUACUCGAACAUUGGACAUAUUAUUAGCUCCAACGAAACACUCAACCCCAGGAUCAAAAUAGUCUCUAUCAGCCCUAUCCCAGCUGCGGAGGCUUCUAGGUAUCAUCUGAUGGCAGUAACCGCUACUGGCUAUAGAAUAUAUCUUAGCGCUACAGGGUCAUAUAGCUGGUCUGCAACUCCAACUGCGACCAAUGCUCCGACCAGCAUGCAAGCUCAUCAUGUGAAGACACCGCCUUCUGACAUCACUGCAAGCCAAUUACCUCAAGGGCCUCCUGUUGCUGGAUCGCCAUAUCAGGCCUCAUUCGGAGCCAAACUCGCCAUCCACUCGCUUGACCCUACUAGAUCCGCCCGACGAUUCCCCCCUGGCUACUUUUUCUGUUUUACGUCAAAAGACCCCACGAAUAGAGCAGACACCCUUUUUAUCUCAACUCCCGACUCUGGCCGCCUUGCGCGACCACAAGAGAGCGCACUCCCGAUUAAACCUGGCGAAACCGCGAUGUGGCUAACCCUUGGCAGUCGAGCAGAAGACAUUGGGCUAUGCACACCAGAAUUCGCUACGCAGCCGCAAGGAGGUUUUGGAAAUGAGCUCGCCGUUCAAUUCGACAAGCCUACAGCGGAAAUUGCGGUGUUGACCAAUACUGGAGUUCACGUUAUUCGCAGGCGGCGAAUAGUAGAUGUCUUUGCUUCGCUAAUACGGAACGCUGGUGGAGAAGAGGGACUGGAGAGUCAGGUAAAAACACUGAUACGACUGUACGGCCGCAGUGAGACGCUGGCGACCGCUUUAGCUGUUGCCUGUGGUCAGGGAGUGGAACUGUCUGCAGAUUCUCGUCUUUCGAAGAUAAAUGACCCCGACGUCCUUGAAUUUGCGCGAAAGGUGUUUAUUGAGUUUGGGGGAAAGCCGACCUUUAAUGAGAAUGCAGUUGCCGACAAUUCCACUCCCGCGAUUGACGCUGUCAUCCCCUCGCCGCGCCAUGCUGGUAUUGCUCUCUAUACCUCACGUCUCUUGAGGUCCAUAUGGAAAACAGUAAUUGCCACGCAAAAUCGGACCCCGGCGGGAGGUGUCACCAUUUCUCCAUCCAUCGAUACUUCAAAAUUGCAUUCGAUUCAGAGAGAUUUGUCUGCCCUUCAGGACUUCUUCCGGACAAAUAAGUCCUUCAUCGAGGGAUUGAGUGGACCGGAAGCUCUCUCACGAGUUGUUACUAAACAGGACGAGAUUGCGCUGCAAGGCGAGCAUCGUGCUUUGCAUGCUAUGGUUCAACUUGUUUCUGAUACAAUCGAAGGUAUUUCAUUUGUUCUGGUCCUGUUCGAUGAGCGGGUUGACGAGAUCAUCGCUUUAUUACCUGAGGAAACGAAGCAGCGCUUUUUAACUCUCACAUUUGAAGAGUUAUUCAGUAGCAACAAGGGCCAUGAAGUUGCGAAAGAGCUUGUUAAGUCUAUCGUGAAUCGGAAUAUUGCUAAGGGCUCCAACGUUGAGACGGUUGCGGAAGCUCUGCGGCGAAGAUGUGGCACUUUCUGCAGCGCAGAAGAUGUCGUUAUUUUCAAAGCUCAGGAGCAACUAAAAAGAGCGGCUGAAGCCGGGGGAAACUCUGAAUUGGGCCGCAAUUUACUUAAUGAGAGUUUAAUCCUCUUCCGCCAAGUCUCCGAGAAUCUGUCCAUGGACUACCUCCAGUCUGCGGUGGAGCAAUAUAUCCAGAACCAAUUCUUUGCCGGUGCAAUACAACUGUGCCUUAGCGUUGCGGCCCAUUCUGACAAGGCAAAUCGUGCGCUUUCUUGGAUUAUGGAUGGUCGCCCACCAGAGGAUCCCCGGCAGGCUAGUUACGAAGUGCGCCAACAGUGCUAUGACCUAAUAUACAGAAUUAUUCUCGCAGUCGACGAACUUUCGGGUCAAGAUCCCGGUUUCGUGGAUGGGCAGUACACUGCUGUGGCACGAAGAAAAAAUGAAGCUUAUGAUGUGAUCUCAAAAUGCGAGGAUGAGGUGUUCCUCACUAGUUUGUAUGAUUGGUACUUGGAGCGAGGUUGGAGCGAACGACUUCUUGAAGUCCAGACUCCUUUCGUCGUGACCUAUCUUCAAAGAAAGUCAACUGAAGACAUAUCACAUGCGGAUCUACUAUGGAGGUAUUAUGGACAGUCAAAUCGAUUUUACGAUGCUGCAUCCGUUCAACUACAGCUUGCCCAGAGCUCAUUCUCACUCCCACUAAGUCGGCGGAUUGAGUAUCUCGGCCAAGCUAGGGCAAAUGCAUCAGUUUUUACGCCGAAUGUGUCACGGGCGUCGAGGCAAAGGCUGCAUCAAGAGAUUUCGACGUUGAUUGAUGUGGCCAAUGUGCAAGAUGACCUUCUACAGAGGCUCAAGGAGGAGACUAGGAUUGAACCUGAUCGUAAAGCUACCGUCCUGCAGGAGGUGAACGGCGAGAUCAUGGAACUCAAUAAGCUUUAUAACAUGUAUGCUGAUCCCGGCGGUUACUACGAUAUCUGUCUACAAAUCAUGCAUCUCGCCAACUACCGCAAUGCUUCUGACAUCAAGGCAUGCUGGCAUAACCUAAUCCAAGAAGUCCACGAGGAGGCUUCAGCAAAAGGCGCACCCCUCCCCUACGAGGCCGUCAUUGAAAAGAUCCGAGGUCUUUCCGGCCGCCUCAGGAUGUCAGACACUACCUUCCCAGUCCACCUGCUACUACCAAUGCUCGAGCGCUACGUACUCGAACAGCAGCUUGGCGUUGGCCCAGACAGCUGGAUCGUAGACCUCUUUCUCGAUCUGCAAGUUUCCCACGAACUCAUCUACACUGUUCUCGAAUCGCUCUUCUACAAUGACGAAGUGCCUUUCCAUGGAAAGAAUAGACGGUAUAUCGGACGCGAUCUGCUAUACCUGAUUGCCCGCUGGUUCCAGGAAUCAUUGCGCGUCGGAACGGGCGCGUUUGGCAGCGAUGCCUUUGCUACCCGCGUAUCGGAAAUGUUACUGCUGUUGCAGCAGAGCGGUUUGGAUGACGAGUCGAUUCAGGUAUGUCGCGAUUUGCGGGCUAAGAUUGAGCGAUCUUUGUAGUGGCCAUGCCCCUGGGCGGAUGGCAUACGAUUCCGUAUCGCGGAGGUGUGGCACGCCGACUACGUGCAGUAUAUAAUCACAGAGGUGGAAAGCGAGGUUCCAACGUUUAAAGCGGGUUGUAUCAUGAUGGUGUCUGAUGUAUAGCAUUUUCGAUACCUGAUCGGAGAUUUGUCAGUAUCAGCGGCGUUAAUAACAAUCUAAAAUUUUACUGCUGUUUUUAUCCUUUGAUCAUUUACACCUUUAUGUAGUUAACUUUGGUUCUCUCAUCUUGGUUGUUAAUUUUCUUCCCCCUAUUUCGCUUCCAGUGCCUUUCAAAUGUCCUUUAUCUCAUAUUGUUCCUUAUUUUUUUACUCCUUCUCGCCCCACAUCAAUUCGUGGCGUUAACUUUCCCCUCCCUGAUUUAUUUGUUUCUCUUUUUUUUCCCGUUUCGUUUAUAUCUUGAACAAAGUAGAUACAAGCGAAUGAUAGAGCUUUGGGGGGAAAGGCAGGAAAAGGGAGGAUCUACAAAAGAAAAUGACGCAAGGAAAUGAAACGAAUCAAUUAAAUAAUAUCUGUCGGGUCGAAGUAAUGGAGCUGGUACGGUCAUAUCAUGGUGCAGCAAAAAAUGCCAAUAAAUCCCUCCCGCACCCGUAUAUGCGCCGGUAACUCCCCAUUUCCGUAAUACAAUAUAUACAUCCUUGCCAUCUCUAGUGUGUUGUAAUUGUUUGGGGUUGGCUUUGUUUUGCGUUGCACGGUUGUAGCGACCAUCACGUUCAUCAAUGGGUCACGGUUAUUCACAAACAGCUCAGUUUUUGGAAGCUGUUCAGCAGUUGAAGAGUGAAUGGUGGAAGCUGACGAGCAACUGUUCGAAGAUAUAACCCCCCAGGGCAGCCAGCUGCUUGGCUAUAUCGGAGUGAUUGGAACUUUUCGGCACAGGAGACAGCGAUCGUUGUUCUGUUGAUCUCUUUUGAUAUUGCGAUACCACUCAGGCGGCCAAGCCACGGUCGGAUACUACUUCCGUUUACACCCAUCAACAUGUAACAGUACAAUGCCGAUGAACUGUGAAUAUUAAGGCACAAGUACAUGUUCAUCACCGCCGCGCAGUCUACCCCUGCGGGUGAAUCAGCGUGGGGUCGUCGUCCGGCUUCUUUGUGGCUCUCGAUGUCGAAAACUCGACGACUUUGUGUAUCUUUCCUGUCGGGAUCAUUUCCAAAUCCUUCGCGAUCCCCUCACUGGUAUUUAUCGGCCGGUCACCCUCGCCGCCCUUUGAUGCCCAUAUAACUUCCUCAGACGAUAACCGGCCCAUUAUGACGUCAGCCCUUAACAUAGAGGAACUAAUCUUUCUGUGGCCGGAGGAAUUUUGUAGGUGAUUCUGAUGAAUUUUCCGUUUUGGUCCGGUGCCAAUGGAGCACAUGAAAUUCUCAUCACCGGUUCCGUUGAUACGUCUUCGGGGAGAUGGCGAAGGUGGAUUGUCGGAUUUGGAGUGGAAAAGGAUCUUGUCUUUCACCAGCAGUGGCUUGAGCGUCACAGCAGAUACGGCUAUGAUGCUGACCCCUACCUCGACAGCGCACCAGAUCACUAAUUUGGAGUUAGUAAAAAUUGAGGUUACCGCAUCAUACCCAUUGUGGACAUACGCGAGUCUAUCGUGGGAACACUCGCUCUAUAGUGAUUCGUUAGAAUAUCGAGCAUAUUCUAGGUAUAUAGUCAGAAGCUUACAUUGCUCCAAAAC